AUGAGAGGAAACCUCGAGGAAAUGAGCUGCAUAUUAUACUUUUUGCGUGCAAGCGGUUAUGGCGAGAUUGUAGACGACGGAUAUCUACUGCUGUUGGCGGCAAACGUUCAUCUCACACGUGAUCUUCAGGAUCUUUUACUCAAAGCGAAGAUGUCACCCGCUCGUCAUAGGGCGUGUGACAGAUUAUUUGAAGAAGUGAAGAGAGUUAUCACAGAAGUGGCGACUGCUCCUGAAGAUCGUGUGACAGCCAGUGGUGAGCGUAGUGGCCUGCACAUCUUUAAAUGUGGCAGUCUUGCUUUCGACACGGCUCUUUAUGACUCGGAUGUUGAAAUUACACUCUUACAACGCGUGGAUUCGUCUCCGGAUUACUUUUUGCGAAGGCAACUUGACGAUGAAGAUGCGCAGAACUCAACUCCGAUUGAUGGGCUGAUGCGAGCUCAGAUAGCUAAUACAGAGGCCCAUAUCCUCCUGCCGUACCCUGCUUGUUUUUAUUUGGCGCUGCCAUUGAUGGGUGAACACGACCUACUUAUUAGUAUCAGAGAUGUGGUUCUGGAUCAACUGGAGCUGCAAGAAAAGCAGAAUGUUGCAUCUUGCAACAAUGGCCCAGACACAGUUCGUUUGCAUUCUGUACCAGACGGCAUUGGCCUGAAUAUCACAGUUAACCGAACAGAGGCGUUUGAGGUUGCCGCAGUGCUUCCACGAUUACUGAAAGCCAACAAAUCGGUAUACCCUGUUAUCAUUUUUAUGAAGGUGGUUUUGAAACAAUUUAAAGUUCAAUCUUCACAACUCAAUUCGUACGUCUUAACUUUAAUGGUGCUUGCCUUCGCCAGAUUUUGCUCUUACGCGUCUCCGUUGCCCAGUUUCACGUAUUAUCCACAUCAACGCGAGGAGGUUGAGCCAGGGCAUCUUUUAUUUUGUUUUCUGAGCUUUUUCAGUCCGCUUCCACGGGGCCAAUUUGACCCAACACGGAUGUCACUUGUUCCUAUUCACCCUCGCGGUGUUGUAUACGAGACCGACGAGGGUACUCCUUUGUCACAAUUGAACACGGAUGGUAACCGAGUACUUUGGCGUGUACUGGAGCCAACACACUGUGGCGACAAUGCAGCUGCCUCGUGUGUUUUGAUUGACGACUGUCGUGACCUGUUUGAGCGUAUUCUUGUUGUUUUGCUUCAAAGUUAUGCUGGUGACGUCUUUGCCUUUUUUGCGGCAGUUCAUGACCCACCUGCACAAAUUGUAGCCACCGUUGAUUCUGAUGAGGCACCGACGACGGAGCAAUCGUUUUCGGAAAACCAACUUAUUUCUCGACUACUUCAGGAUUGGUGGAUCGAACGACAGAGUGAGUCCGAGUGA